AUGUCGGCACCACCACCUCAGGGGCCGGGAGGCUUCUCCCUCUUCCCAAAUACUACUGCCAGACCACCGUCGAGGAGUCAGAACCAGCAGAGACCACCGACUAGGUCAGGGACACCUCAGGAGGGGCCGUCCAAUUCGACAGAGGCAUCGCCUCCUCGUGGUCCGAGGAUACGGAGGGACUCUUCAGUCAGGGAAGGAAAGCAGAGGGUUGCAUCAACCAAUCCAUGGCAACAUGCUCUUGACGCUCGAGAAUCUCAACGACGGCAAUAUCCCCAGGAGAGCGAGGCCGGGCCGUCCAAUGCUGUACCUGUCCCGGACCCCGUGGUUGAGACGGCAUGUGCUCAGCCGGUGAGCGAUCCACCGCAGCGAUGCGAGACAGCCUUCUCCGAAGCGCAGACUCUUGUCAGGAGUAACAGCGCUCGAUCUCGAAGCUCAAUUGCCAAACCACCACUCACAUACGCCCCGGCUGGUCAAUCUUCUUCUUCAGGAGGACCAUCUUCUUCGUCCCAUCAAAACCCACCACAACUUCGCUCCAUCUUUCCCACCUACAACCCCGAGCUUCCUCUGGACAGACAGGAGUACUAUCCAAAAGAAGCCUCCCCAACCCGCAUUCCCCAAGGAGCCAUCUCCCGUCCUCUCUACUCCCCACGACGAGAGCGCGCCCCAACAGUCACCAGCAACCACAACCCUCAAUCACCCCCCCAAGGACCAAUCCAGUCCCCAGCGCCCACCACAACCUCCUCCCGCUGGCCCCGCCACCAGGAACCGGCCGUGAUCCCGCCCGUCUCCUCAACAGAAGAACUGCGCUCCCUCUGGAAAGUAACCAACGGCUGGAAAGCCUCCUCCCUCGAAGGCCGCCCCUUCUGCCUCAAACUCACCACAACCCCGGACGCCCCAGUCUACACCCUCUCCUCCUCCACCUCGCAACCCUUCUACUGCCUCCGAAUCGACCCAACCUCCGCCUCCGCCCUCGUCUCCCUCUCCCGCUACGACCCAAACAAACCCUUCAAACAAUCCCCCCCCUCCCCAAACAGCGGCUCCCCCUCCCAAUCCCCAACCCCAGGUGGCGUCUCCCAAUCGGCAAACAUAAUCAACUCCUCCCCCUCCACGCCCCCCUCCUCCACCUCCCUCCGAACAAGCAUGUCCCUCCGCACAAGCAAAUCCACCCGCUCCCUCCAACACAACGCCAAAAACUGGCUAGAAGUCCUGACAACCUCCCUCACUCCCCCCGGCCUGAGGAACGAAAACGACGGUUUGGUCGCCCAGUUAUGGCCCUUCCGCCGCAGCACGCCUGGUAGCCGACCGCUCCAACGACGCAACAACCGUCGCGCUCGCACAGCAAGAAUCCGCGCGGUUAGUCUUCGAUCCCGAUUCGGGCAACCACUUCCUCGUCCACCCCGCCUUAGCCAUGCCCUUUUGCGUGACGAUAGAGAGAAACCCGGGCAGGGUUGGCUGGAAGUCGACACCUCCAUCGCGGCCAAGAUCGAGGCGGUGUACCUGGUUGAUGUUGUUGUUGCUGCGUUGGUGCUGGUCGCGCACGGGGACGACCAAUAUACCGCCGGUGUCGAGGUCUUCGAGCCGCCUCCGGUUGUUUUUGGUGGGGGGAAUGGUUCUGUCAUCUCCGGCGACCGUCGCUCUUCACGGUCGUCCAGACGGGCAGGGGGCGAUUCCCGUGCGAGCAUGAGAAGAGAAGAGAAACAACGGAAGAAAGAGGCCAAGAAGGCGGAGAAGAGGUCUAAAAGCCGAUCCAGCAAGAAGAGGAUGGAGCAGUUCGAGAUUGACCUCGAGAGCCAGGAUAGUGAAUACGGCAAACGAUCGGUGAAAGAAAAGGAGGAGAAGUUACCUGCUGUGUUGAGGGCGUUGGUGUGGCUGAUCAAGAUUUUCUUCAAAUGCUUGAUUGGGAGUCUAGCGCUGGUGUUUAAAUGUCUCGGGGGAAUCAUCAACGGGUUGGCGAGAUGUUGUGGGUUAGGGAAGCUAUAG